CACUUCAAAAGAGCCUUUGAGAAGGCGGGCCCAAGGCGUGCCGGCAUUAGUCUCCUCCCCUACUCCACCUUCUUCCUCUUUCUCUCCUGGGCCUCUAGCGACUGCCUGCACAGGCAGCAGGGAGUUGUUUCCCGGUGCGUUUUGCACUCCUGGCUGCCAGUUCUGGCUCCAGCUGCCACCUCUAGCUGCUAAAGUGGCUGUCGCCUGCUACAAUCUACACAGCCUCGGGACAAGAAAGGGGACUUCAGAGAUUCCAGAUCGCUUCCUCUUGCAAGAAACUAUUUGUCACAGGCCAGGUGCAGUAGCUCAUGCCUGGAAUCUCAGCACUUUGGGAGACAGAGGCAGGAGGAUUGUCUGAGCCCAGGAAUUUGAGAACAACCAGGGCAGCAUCAACUCUACAAAACAAGGAUAAAUAAUUAGCUGGGUGUGCCGGUGCAUUCCUGUAGAACUACUCAGAAUACUGAGCCCAGGAGGUUGAAUCUGUGGCUGGAGUGCUGUGGUGUGAUCUUGGCUCACUGCAACCUCCGCCUUCCAGGUUCAAGCAAUUCUCCUGCUUCAGCCUCCCGAGUAGCUGGGACUAGAGGAAUAAAGAUGGCUGCUGAACCAGUAGAAGACAAUUGCAUCAACUUUGUGGAAAUGAAAUUUACUGGCGAUGCACUUUACUUUAGAGCUGAAGAUGAUGAAAACCUGGAAACAGAUCACUUUGCCAAGCUUAAAUCCAAAUUAGCAAUUAUAAGAAAUGUGGAUGACCAAGUUCUCUUCCUUGGCCAAGGAAAUCACCCUCUGUUUGAGGAUAUGACUGAUUCUGACUGUGAAGCAAAUGCAUCCCGGACCAUAUUUAUUAUAUAUAUGUAUAAAGAUAGCGAGCCUAGAGGUCUGGCUGUAACCAUCUCUGUGAAGUGUGGAAAAAUUUCAACUCUCUCCUGUGAGAACAAAAUUAUUUCCUUUAAGGAAAUCAGCCCUCCCGACAACAUCACUGAUACAAAAAGUGACAUCAUUUUUUUUCAGAGAAGUGUUCCAGGGCAUGAUGAUAAGAUGCAGUUUGAGUCUUCAUCAUACGAAGGCUACUUUUUAGCCUGUAAAAAAGAGGAAGAUCUUUUCAAACUCAUUUUGAAAAGAAAGGAUGAAUUGGGGGAUAAAUCCUUAUUGUUCACGGUUCAAAGCAAAGACUAGCUAUUAAAAGUUCGUAAUGUGAACUGCGAAUUUUUGUAUUUAGAAAGGUUAUGUUAAUGGUGACAUGAAAGAAACACUGAGCUUGAAAAACAGCAUGAAGAAAUGAAUGCACUUUCACAAAAGCACAUGGACUCUCCCUUAUCCAAGUGAAUAAAAUAUUUGUAUAAUGUUUUAAAA